GUUAGAUCAUCUCUUUAGGGUAUUGGAAAAAUGGGAGGGUGAAGUUAGAGAGGAAUAAAUUAACAGUUUCUCCAGCUCCCGCCUCAUGCGUGCUCCCCUCCUCCCUGAUGGACAGCUCGGGGGGAGCCUCGCUCUGCUUCCCCGACUUCAACUCGUCCUGCAGGCGGCUGCUGCAGCCCCUCUCUGUGGCUGCUCCACUCUACACGCUGCUGGCCUUCUUCUCUCUGCUCACCGUCACUCUCAACCUGCUCGUCAUCAUCUCCAUCUCCCACUUCCGUCAGCUGCACACCCCCACCAACAGCCUGCUGCUGUCUCUGGCCGUGUCCGACCUGGUGAUGGGGCUGCUGGUGAUGCCUACCGAAGGCCUGUUCCACAUGGAGACGUGCUGGCUGCUGGGGAGUCUGAUGUGUGCUCUGACUCCUUAUGUGUCUUACUGUCUGAUCUCUGCCUCUGUGGGCAACAUGGUGCUCAUAUCCAUAGACCGUUAUGUGGCUAUCUGUGACCCUCUGCUCUAUUCCUCUAAGAUCACCCUGAACAGAAUCAAAGUUUCUAUCUGUUUGUGUUGGGCCUGUUCUCUCCUCUACAACGGCUGUAUUCUAAUGGGGCACUUAGGGCAGCCGGGCAGGUUCAGCACCUGCCACGGCGAGUGUGUGGUAGUCAUCAGCCACAUCUCAGGCAUUGCUGACCUCUUUUUCACAUUUGUUGGGCCCUGUACUGUCAUGGUUGUUCUCUAUAUGAGGGUGUUUGUGGUUGCCAUUUCUCAGGUGCGUGUCAUUCGGCUGCAGACUGCAGCUGCCAGCCUCUCUGCACCUAUAACUGCUAAAAAAUCAGAGAGAAAGGCAGCCAGGACUCUUGGGGUUGUGAUCGGUGUUUUUCUGAUGUGCUACUGUCCGUAUUUCUAUCCAGCUCUAGCAGGUGACGACACAUCCACCAGCUUGUCCUACGCUGUGUUGUCUUGGAUCAUGUCGUUAAACUCAUGUGCAAACCCUCUCAUUUACGCCCUGUUCUACCCCUGGUUUAGAAAAGCAACAAAACUCAUCUUAACCUUCAGAAUACUUCAGCCUCACUCCCGGGAGGACAAAGUCUUGUAG